CCGGGUCCAAAAUAAAGCUAGGAUUAUAAACCAAGAGUGAAGGCACACCCGGGUAAAAAAGCAUCUGAAUGAAUCCGGAAGACGCACAACUUCCGUCAGAGGAUGAGAAACAACAUCCAAUCGGCGCCCGUUUCUUAGCCGCCAAUCAGCAUUCGCCUUACAACGGUGUUCGGGAGAGCGGGCUGGGCUAUUCGCUUCUCUCUAAUAGGUGACGGUUAUCACUGUAGGGGCCAGCUCCCUUACGUGACUAGUGACUGACGAGCAGUGCAGUGCCUUUUUUGUUUUUUUGUUUUUGUGCUUGCUGCUUUUCCUCCUCCGCUCAUGUAAUGCACUCCCUGAACCAAGAAAUCAAAGCAUUCUCCCGGGAUAAUCUCAGGAAGCAGUGCACCAGGGUGACCACGCUAACUGGAAAGAAACUUAUAGAAACCUGGAAAGAUGCCACAAUUCAUGUUGUGGAAACAGAGCCCAGCGGUGGGAGUGGUUGUGGCUAUGUGCAGGACCUUACCUUGGACCUGCAAGUUGGCGUUAUUAAGCCCUGGUUGCUUCUGGGGUCACAGGAUGCUGCUCAUGAUCUGGAGCUGCUGAGAAAGCACAAGGUGACUCAUAUUCUCAACGUUGCAUAUGGCGUUGAAAAUGCUUUCCUCACUGAGUUUACGUAUAAGACCAUUUCUAUACUGGAUGUGCCUGAAACCAAUAUCCUGUCUUAUUUUCCAGAAUGUUUUGAGUUUAUUGAGCAAGCAAAACUGAAGGAUGGCGUGGUUCUUGUUCACUGUAACGCAGGGGUUUCCAGGGCUGCUGCGAUUGUCAUCGGCUUCCUUAUGAGUUCUGAGGAACUCGCUUUCACCAGGGCGUUGUCAUUGGUGAAAGAGGCAAGACCAUCGAUAUGUCCGAAUCCCGGCUUCAUGGAACAACUCCGCACUUACCAAGUGGGCAAAGAGCACAAUGAAGUGCCCCCAGUGGACUCGGUCCAUGGUCCGUGAUCAGUACUCUAGCAGAGGCAAGCGGCUCUGCAUCGGCCUCGUCUGCAGCGGCCUCGGUCCUCUUGCCUGUGUUUUGGAAGGAAACUUGUCAAACUUCCCUUUUCUGUUGUCUUUUACCAGUGGAAAUGGAAGUUACUUUUGUCGCCCUGAAGUAAUACAUUUUUAUGUUUUUACCUUU